AUGGCCUGGAUGUUUCGAGCACCCGACAUCACCGAGCUUUACGGCCAUCUGAGCUCCUUCAUGUGGGUCUUUCUCCUGACCUUCGUCCUUCAACUCUUCGUCGUGCUGCCUUGCAUCUACUGCUGCGUAGUCGGAGUGGACGGCGGGAAAUUCAUUCGGCGAGUGCUCAACGCCAUGUUCAUCCCUCUGACAACCACUUCGAGCCUAGCGAGCGUGCCGCUGACGAUUGCCUACCUGGAGAGUUCCGAGCUGCUGGACAUUCGGCUGGUGCGCCUCCUGGUGCCAGUGUUCGCCUGUAUGCGCAAGGACGCCAGCGGAGCCGUGCGCUUGUCGGCCGCGCUCAGCGUGGCGCAGGCGCAGCACGCACAGCUCACUGUUGGCCAGUCAAUCUUCCUUGUGUUGACCGCAAGCCUGGCUGGUAUUAUGGCUUACGGCACCAGUAUCAAACAGGCAAAUCUCAUCUCUCACGUGGUCAUCAACAGCCUUCCCAUCAUGGAACCCAAAGGUGUUCCAUUCGACCUCGCCGCCAUUUUACUCGACCCUCUGUUAUCCCUGAUGAACAUAGCCGGCGACUGCGUGGGAGUUGUGGUGGUGCAGAGCGUCAUGUGCACUGACCUCGCUACCGAACCGAGCGGCUUCGGCGGCUACAACGCGGCCCCGCCGACAGCGCGCCCAACGGCCACUGUCGCGUCCAGCGAAUACGACGCCUCGUGCGAGCCGUACUUCCGCCAGCGUGGUUUCUCGAGUCGCACAUCCAGUCAACAGGAGGACGUACCACCGCUUGAUUGUCAACCAACAUCCAAAGAACAGAAAGGCAUACCACCACCUGUUCAACCACCGACAUCCAAAGCACAAGAAAAUAUACCACCACCUGUUCAACCACCGACAUCCAAAGCACAAGAAAAUAUACCACCACUUGUUCAACCACCGACAUCCAAAGCACAAGAAAACAUACCACCACUUGUUCAGUCCCUGGCACCCAAAGUACAGAAAGACGUGCCGCCACCUGUUCAACCACCGACGCCCAAAGAACAAAAAGACGUACCGCCACCUGUUCAACCACCGACACCAAAAGAACAGGAAAACAUACCGCCACCACCACCGACAUCCCGGGAGCAAGACAACUUGCGCAAGCAGUCAAGCACUUCGGUAGUGAAGAGCACGUGCCAGUCUCACACAGGACACGAGCAACAGUGA